CGCUGCCGCGCUGCGGACGCGAAGGCGGUUUAAAGAGGCCCCGCCAGGCCGUAGGGAGAGGACACACUAUAGACGGGUGCAUCUAUUCGUGCCUGAAAAGCCGGCUUUUGGAGUUGAGUAUGGGGCCAUGUGGGGCAGUGCCGCGGCAGGGCGACGAGCGCGCUGCCGCGCCUGCCGGACGCGAAGGCGGCGGCGGCGCAGCUGGCGGCUGCGUGUCGCGCACCCGGACGGCGCGGCGGCGGGCGCCGCGGCCGUGCUGCCCGUGCCGCGCGGCGUGCGCCCCACGCUUGCCACCUACCGCGUCGAGGUGCUCUUCUGGGGGCUGCGCCGCGCGUCGACGUGGAGUGCGCCGGCCGCGUGCUCACCUCCGCCGUCAUCCCCGACGCGCGCCGCAACCCCAACUUCUCCUCGCCCGUCAAGUGCAUGGAGCUGGAGCUGCCCGAGCAGGAGCUCUACCGUCCGCCACUCACCAUCCGCGCCGUCGACUGCCGCAGCUUCGGCCGCUACACGCUGGUGGGCACGCACACCAUCGCCUCCAUCCACAAGUACAUGUGGAACCCCGCCACCAACGGCCACGCCGGCAACUACCUCUCCGCUGGGGACUGCGUCCUCACCCCGGGUACUGGCUGCGGGUUCGGCUGCGUGGAGAUCGACUCCCGGGAAUGCUCUCCACUGCUGCCCAAGGACACGCCCGCGUCCCCACACUACGGCACGCAGGCGCCGGCACAGAGCAAGAAGGAGCAGAAGACGGAGGCGAACCGGCGGCGCAAGCGCGGCGCGGACCGCGAGCGCGCCCCUGGCGGCGGCGGCGGCGGCGACGACGACGACGGCACGCGCGACUGGUGGACCAAGUACUUCGCCUCCGUCGAGGCCAGCAUCCAGGUGCGCCUCGACCCCACUCAGCGGCCCCGCAAC